UAAUAAAAAAGCAGCUGUCAGUUUCAGUUUCGCAUCAAACAAUAAAUCAGGGCGUAACGAUUUUAUCCCAUUUUAUGAAUUAAAUAAUCAUAAUAGCAAGUUAAAUACUUGAAGAUGAAUACACUGGACAAACAAUUAGCGGAUCUUCGAAUAUAUGCAAACGAAUUAGAGGCAAAACUUCAGGAUGAUAUAAAUGCUGCAAUGAAAAAACCAUCAAUCCCACCUAAAAAGAAUAAGCCGCCCCUGCCUCAAAUACCACAAAGUUGCAUGGUAAAGUCUGCUUGCGAGCCGUCCUACUCCUCGAGACUCGAAUAUGGUAGCCGCACUAGUUCUACAUACUCGAACUUAGUUCCUGUAAAGAGUUGCAUCGUGAGGAACACCGCCCGAGUGCGAAGCGGUGAUGUGCUUCUUUAUAGCAACGUACUGCCCCCGGGAGGCACCAACCAUGUCUACUCCAACAUUAUGAUGCAACGAAAUGCUUACGGAGGUGAUAGUAUUUAUGGUGAUCGCGACACCAGGUCGGAAGUAUCUAGGAUAAGCGAUUUAGGUGUGCAGUCAAAUUACAGCGAGUUGCGACGGCCGGGCUCGGCAUAUCCUCCGUCGUCUGCGUCUGUCAAUGCGCAGGACUUCUCUACCUAUGGUGGCUCUCAGACCUCUUCUACUUAUGAGUCUCUGUAUGAGCCUAUUAAUCCCAGACCUUGCAGUCAGCUGUCGGGAACAUCCCUGUACGGUGGGUAUGUGGGCACCACAGUGGAGCCUACCCCCGAGCCGGAUGAGGCACUGUACUGCGGCAACUGCUACAAGUGUGGGGAGAAGAUCAUGGGGGAGACCACAGGCUGCACCGCCAUGGAGAGAAUCUAUCACAUCAAAUGUUUCUGCUGUCAACAGUGUGGAAUUAAUUUACAAGGCCGCCCCUUCUAUGCAGUGCAGAGUCGUGCACUGUGUGAACGGGACUACUUGGAUACCCUAGAGAAGUGCUGUGUCUGUGGUGAUCCUAUUCUGGAUCGUAUUCUGAGGGCUACGGGCAAGCCAUACCAUCCCAGGUGCUUUACUUGUGUCGUAUGCCAAAAGAGCCUUGAUGGGAUACCAUUCACAGUGGAUGCUGUCAACCGUAUACAUUGUAUUGAGGACUUCCACAAAAGAUACGCGCCUCGCUGCGCCCGGUGCCGCGAGCCAAUCGUCCCUGAGAGCGGCGCGGAGGAGACAGUUCGCAUUGUAGCGCUCGACAAGAGCUUCCACGUGGCCUGCUACGCUUGCGAGGACUGUGGCACCUCGCUGUGUUCCCGGCAAGAGGGUCGCGGCUGCUACCCACUUGAUGACCACCUAUACUGCAGGGAGUGUAACGCACGACGCAUUCAGGACCUCUCCAGAAAUAUUAACUAAAUUAAUUAACCAUUUCAUAGGGAUGCUAUCUAAAAGUAAUAAGGCUGUCUUUUAGAUGAACAAAUCAUAUUACACUCUCAAAGGAGUUUAAGCGAAUGCUCAGACACCUUAAUAAGAUGAUUCAUACUGAUGCACACGAUUAAUUAGACGGGACACCUCGCUCAUUGUUUUCGCUAAGUUACUUUAAGUCAGUAGUUUAAGCCCACCCAUUUUUUAUUUGUACAUAUUGUUAUCGGCGAUAUACUUAAAUAUGUACGAAAUAUAGUGUAAGCAAACCAUGAGAUUUUGAAAGUAUUUUAUGCUAACGAUUAACGAUAAUGAUGUAACUAACAUUCCAUAUUGCAUUUAUAAUUAUAGAAGGCUGUGUAGCUCUGACCAUACAUGAUUUAUUAUUAUAAUUCAGUAUUAUUUUAGCGAUUUUGUGAUUAUAACAUAAGUUAUUGGGUAAUGAAUAUUGAACAGUUGUUGGUACAAUUGUUUUGUACCAUAGUUUUAUUAGAUGGCUUGUUCAGAUUUGCGCACUGAGUAAAUACACAUUAGCAUUAUAAUGUAUGUAUAAUAAAGCACAUUCCGGAUUGUUGGUGCGCCAGUGUGAGCAAGGCUGCGUAAAUAGUGCCAUGUUUAUUAUGUAAAGUAUUACUGUUAGGUUGUGUCUUUGUUGUCCGUUCGGUUAUUUAGCGAAUAAGUCAUUAUACUGGGUGUCCCAUAAGUCCUUUGAAAUCUAAAGGAGAUUGCCACGGGGCAGGUCCCUUUUGUGGUAUCGUGUGCCUGAAUGGAAUAAUAACCUAAAAAUAUUGUUUAUUUUUUUGUUUCCAAAUUAUUUUUUAUACAAUUUCUUUCACCCUGGGAAUAAAGUUAAAAUUAAUUAAUAGUUAAACAUUACGUCGACAUCCGUUUGAUUGGUAAACAAAAAAAAGUUGCCAGAUAUCAAAUAACUAUUGAAAAUUACGUAUUUUAAUCAAUAGAGUAAUCGAUAUCAAAACAAAACAGUUAUUAAAAAUAAAAAAAUACAAUUAUUUUUAAUUAUUAUUCUAACUAUAUUCAUGAUAAGUCUAUAUUGUUGAACAGAUAAGAUAAGAUAGAUAAGAUAAGAGCGAUUUUAAAUUAAAAUAAAAGCCUUACGUAAUUUAAAAACUUAAAUCGAUUUAUUAAUGAUUAAAUAUAAUUGCUCUGGCAACAUUUACUUGCGCAUGUCACAUCACUUUGACGUUCGUUCGUUGUGUGUUCGUGAUUGCUUUGUAUAAUACGUUGAGUUUUGAAUUCCGUAUUUACUUAGUUAUUAUUUACGAUACGUGCCUUUCUGCUACCACCGAGUUGAGCUAAUAAGUUCCUCGCGUACUUACUUUAUGUUUUGUGAGAUAAUUGACUCCUCUUUGUGAGAUAUUGACUCUAAGUGCUUGACUCUUGUUUGUGCUGUUCUUUGUGAGAUAAAGUGCUAUUCUUGGAGAACAA